CGCGUGGCGCUGCGGGAGCGCGGCUCCUCACUUCCUGCUCGUGCACUCCAACAUGGGCGCCUUCCGGAGGGGCUUCGCGGCGCUCGGGCUACUCAGGUGGUCCGCAGUCCUCGCGGGCAGCAGCAGGAGAAGCCCGUCCGCGCGCCAUCGCCUCGCAGAUCUCCCUUUGGCCGCUGGGAGGAGCUGGAUCUCCGUGUGCGUGGGUGGGCUGUGCGCAGUGCCCUUCUCACAGCAGACUGAGGGGCUCACUUAUGAGACGCUAAUCCGUCGGGCCUCGUCUCUGGUCACAGACAGUACCAACACCUUCCUCUCACAGACCACCUUAGCCCUGGUGGACUCCAUAGCAGAGUAUAUCAAGGCAAUGCACACGCUUAUGGCACUGCAGCAGCGCUACAUGACCUCUGUUGGCAAGCUGAAUCCUGCAGAGGAGGACUCUGUUUGGCAAGUGAUCAUUCACCAGCGUGAACAGGUGAAGGACAGACGGGAUGAAUACAAGAGGCUCGAGUCAAACUGGAUGAACGCCAUCCAUCUCUCGGAGCUGGCAGCAGAAGCGGCCUACAAUGCAGGUGCAGACCACGCAUCUGUCACAGCACAAACCAACCUGCAGGUGGCACAGGCACAGGUGGAACAGGUGCGGCUGCAGUUGUUGGAGACUGAGAAGAAAAUGGCAGAGACCAAGGCUGAGGAGAUGCAAAGAAUGGCCCAGUUUGCAUCUAGGAAUGUGGAGGAGGAAGAGGAGGACAUUCCUGAAGCCUACUUGCGUGAAGAUUGAAUGGACACACACACUAUAUAUGCACACUCAUCAAAUCCUGCAAUAUUAAUUUACACUCGCAGCUAUUGUCAUACCAAUUCUGUCUAUUACUGCCCACUCCUCAUGCAAGUGGGGAUUUUCUGUUCACUCUUUGUUGAUGGUGCACAGAGACAAGGGAGAAGACACCAGCCCUGUGAUUUAGUUGACCACUUACCUAGCAGUUGCUCUUUAGCCUCCAUGUCUGAAAACAUGAGAUGGUUUUAUGGGUGCUUUACAAGUCUGCACAGGUUCUUAAUCUACAAACAGUAUGUUUUUCAUACUGCAUCCUCAAGGAGCAGAUUGAAACAAUCUACUGUUCAGUGUAACUGUAGUCACCUGGUAGUGUCCCUUCCAUUAUUACAGUUGCUUUUUUCUUUUUUUUUCUCCCUUUCCCCUCCAUUCUGACAGUGUGGAGAAAUGUCCUUGACACCCUGUGUCACCCCCACACAAAUAGUAUACAAAUUCACUUUUGUGGGUGUUGCGUUUGUUAUUGUGAGGGAAUAAAAGUGAUGAUUUUCUAAGUUUUUGGGGAAAAUUAUUACUGUGAAAAUGUUUACACCUCAGUACUUUAAUCAGGUAAUCUUGGCAAAAGCCCAUGUGUAUAUUACUUGGUUGAUGUGUAUAUUUAUAAAUAAAGUAUUGCUGUA